AUGAGUUUGCUGUGGGGCACAGCUGCGUCGAGCUGGGCUGAGGAUGAGGCAUACCUCGCUGUCUCUGAGGCUCAUGGAGGUGAUCGGCGAUACAGUGAGCCAGCAUGUCCACGGGAAGUCGUUGCACCCGUGAAUGCUGGACCAGCGACUUCCGCUGCCACCUUGUCUCUCUCCCUUAGCUCUCUUCCUUCUCAAUUGUACCCGCUUGGCUCUUCCAAACAGACUCCUGUUGCCGAUGAUGGGAACUGCGGUACUGCAGUAAACCGGCCUCCGAAGAGGCCCUUUGCUACAGGGUCAAACGAGCAGUUCCAGUUAGAGUGCUUGGCAUCUAUUGCCUACCUGGUGGGCUCACCGCUACAGCGACGUCAGCCCACCUUGAAGAAACCCGUUCAACAGUCCAUGAAACUAGUGCGAGAGCUGCUGCGUCGUGGCGUCGAUCCAGAGCAGGUCAUUCGUGUCAUUGAGUCAAGAGAGGGAGUAAGGGGCGGCGAGUAG